AAAACACAAUUAUUUUCAUGAUUGGAUGCUAAGGCUUAUUAAAUUUGAAGUUCGGUUUUAACGUACAAAGACGUUCAGUAUUCUGUUUUCUGGUAAGAUGGUGAUGUAAAUGGCGCUGGAGAACAUUCAUACAAAGAGAGUCACCGUUGCUCAUUCAUUUGAGGAGUGAAGUUGGUUUUUUAUUUCUUCCUUUUCGUUGCAAAGUAUUUCAGUACAAGAACAAACAUGUCUAAAUUGAUCUGGGACAGGUUUAGGAAAUAAACAGUAAAGGAUGCAGAUAUGACGCUUGUUGCACUUAAUACAUCAGCAUUGCUAUUUCUGAUAACGAACUAAAACAAGCUCUGACUGUUAUUUGAAAGGGUAUUUGUUUACGAAGUAUGGCUGUCUGCAGUGUAUUGAAAAAUAUUUGGCAUUGACUUAACAUUCCAUGCACAAAAUUCCAAUCGUUUUAAUUUAUUUCCAUUCUUACUUGUUUUAACAUUUUGGCAAUUAUUGUCAGUGAGAACACAUUAGCAAUGUGUUUAUAUGUAAAGAUACACUUUUGAUGAACUUUCAAGAGUCUCUGUAUUCAUUUCGCAAUUUCAUCAGCGUUUUUUAUCAGUAUGCAUGCAUUGAACUCUGCCUUAGGAAUUUGCCAUCUGCAGCUUUCCUGCCAAAUUCGGCUCUGGUUCGGCUCGUCAGCGCAAAAUCAAACAGUCGAGAUAAAGAAAUAGCUAGGUUCAUUUCAACUCUUUAAAAAUAAUUCGGGAAGCUCGCAAGCACCAUAUUCACCCUGAAUUUUUUAAUUAGUUUCUUUGUUUACGAUUUUGUUACUUACAACAAUCGAGAAAUUUCUUGAUGUUACUGGUAUUCAGGAAAAUUAGUCAUAAUCCCAAUAUAGAUUUCCCUAAUUCGAAACGGAUAGGCUUUCCGUUACACUAGAACUGGACUAUCCGUAUAAAAAUCGAUUCGGUUAGCCGUGCAACUUUUGAUCGAACAAAAGUUCUGUUAUGAAAAAUACAAUUUUAUUGCCAAGCCGAGCUUCGCUUUUCAUGACAGUGCUCCCUGUGCUCGGUAGCACAUUUUUACCUCUUGUUGAUUAGAGCACGUCAAGGAUCCAGCACUUAAGGAGGAUUCUUGAAAAUAUAUCUAGGAAAAAGUGUGCGCAAAUUUUGGUAAAGGUCUGGCAAAACAAGCACUGGAUGGGAUGAUUUUAUCAAUGAUAUUGUAGUGCCAGAACAAUUUAUUAAAAAUUUGCGAAUAUCCAAGGAGAGUUUGAACUGAAGCCAUUCAUUGAGAAAAAUCUGAUGUAUCUGUACUCUUGCGAACUGGUUAUCUAUCUAUAUCAAAAGUUGUACGGCACUGUGUAACCAAGGUUGUACGGCACAGUAUAGGGGUCAAAUCUUGAUUGGCUGAGAGCUUGAGCUAAAUCACGUGACCUCUCUCGCCGCUGAGCCAAUCAAAGCCCGGAAAGUGUAAACAAACUUAGGCGAAAGCCGAAUAUUGGGCAUUUUUACCACCCUCUAUUAAAAAAACCAAAUGCUAGGGAACACAGUAUGACCAAACAAUGCAAUGGGAUCAACAACAAAUAGAGCAAUGACUGAAAAGACAUCUGGACGAUUGAAUACUUCUUUGAUAAACUGGAUAAGGUUCAUUUGUCAGUAGAAGUCUUUUGUCAGUGUCAGUGCAGGCCUGUUACAAAAAAUUGUAUCCAGAUGCAAUUCCUUUAGUCAGCUACAGUAAGGAUUAAAGCUGUCAUCUUGAAUUGUCGUUUAGUUUGUUUUUUUUUAAAGGGCAGCAGCAGUGGCGUGGUGGCCGGGGAAGAGACAUAUCGGUCAUAAAUUUGAGCAAAUGUAGAGCAUGGCAAGACUGGGCUGUGUAUAAACUGAAAACCUUGAGGAUACCAAAAAUUAUGUCAUCCAAAAGCAGCAAUCUAAUAAAAGUAGAUGGGUUACUGAAAUCAAAACUUUUUAUUUAAUUCUGUUAACAAAACAAAACCAAUACAAAAAUGCCUAAAUAAACGUAUCUACAAAAUUUUCCUUUAGUUUGGACUGUUUCGUAAUCAGAAGAUCAAAUGGAAAACUUGGUUUUAAUAAAAGUUAGUCAUUGGUGAAAACUAUGCGUCACUCUAAUAUGCUCACAUCAUUAGGAUAAUAUUACAGGGACAGGUGGUAGAGAAAGCAAUUGGUGUGGUGGAAACACAUUAAAUAGACUGAAUUUACAAGGAUUAUGUUUUUGUAUGAAAGGUUGGAAGAAAAAACAAUUGAUCACAUGAAAAUCACAUGGAAACCAAAUACCCCCAGCGAUGCUGUUUGUUUUAUUUUGUACAAAUGAAAGCUCAUUACAUUAACUCGAUGCAAGAACAAGGAGACAUGGGCUGCAGAACAAGCUACGAUGGGAAAAGCUUGGGCAGGAUUUAGGCCGUUUUUAUUAGCAAUCAAUGCUCACUUUACAGAAAAAUCGACCGUGGUAAGAUUCGCAUAGAUGCAUGGAAGCAAGUGAAUGUGUAUUACAAUGAAACUUUAAGUGAAGGUCUCUCCUAUUUGCAGGAACUUUCUAACAACUGACGAAUAAUUCCAGUCCUAACUCCUUUCGACAGGAAUUCACUCUUUUUCACAGAUCGCAACACAAAUUCGAAAGAAACACAACAAAGGAUCUUCUGAAACAGACUUACCAAUGGAAAGACAACACAACUAUGCCUUUGUGGCGAUAGGUGUGACGGGCGUUGCCCUGAAUGCCCUGGAAAUGAUCAUGAUUAUGAAAGGAGGACAAUACCGAGUGCCAUUUCAAAUAUCGGUGCUGAGUCUGUCAGUGGCUGAUUUGCUAGCUUGUCUGUCAGUUGCCUUCUGCUCUGCUUUGGUACUGAUAUUGAAUCUACCUUACCCAUAUCCUGAAAUGCUGAUUAAUGCUUACAUGCGCACAAUCAUAUUCAGCUCAAUAUCAAGUCAACUGCAUGUAAUAUUCAUAACAAUUCAGCGACUGAUGGCUGUCCUGCUACCAUUCAGCUGCAAACGUAUCUUGACGCCAGUUCGUUGUUCUUUGUUAUUGGCGUUGAUCUGGAUUAUAUCAUCAGCCGUUACUGGUCUAACUAAAGAUAGUUACUAUAUAAUUGCAUUUAUAUUAGUCACUGGCGUUGUGAUUGCUUUUUCGUAUGCUUUCAUAGUGUAUCGCAUCCGAAAUCGACCCGUUGUGAUCACUCGAGAUUCAAGCGCGGGUUCAGAUGUUACUCUAUAUUCAGGAAUGCUUUUCCUCCUAUUUGUUGUUUGCUUCUUUCCAUAUGUUAUCUUGUACAUAAUUUACGGUACAGAAAUGGGACACAAUGGUCCAUGGAUAGCAGUAUAUUAUUUAUAUUGGCUUAAUACUGUAACAAACCCGAUUGUAUAUUUCCUGUUCAAGUCCAUUAAAGGUGGUGCUAAGUGUCUUAAGAGCAACAGAACCACAAAUUGUAUACAAGGUGCUUGUUGACAGCAAAACAUCGUCAAAUUAUACUUCUAGAAUAACGACACAAUCAUUGCCAAAAGUACUUGGAACACCCAGCAAUUUGCGUUGUGCUUUUAUAUUUUUUCAAUUCUUUUCUCGGAUACUCCUAUUUUCGCACCCCCUACCCCCCUAAACAAUGUUGAAAAUUUAGAAAAAUAUCAUAGGAGUCGCAGAAAAAAACAUUCUUCCUAAGCCCCUACGUUUUUUUGUAGUAAACCAACAUUGUUCAAAGGGGGGAAGGGUAAUGAUUGAUUUUCACCUUGGAAACUGACGUUGGUGUACCAAGACUUUUGACAAGCAUUGUACAUUUAAUUAUAGCAUAUGAAUUCCUUAAAGGGUCGCUUGGCAAAUGGACGGCCCUGCCCCAUAUGCAUAUAUACAAAGCAUCCUAAUUGCUGCUUGCUGUAAUAGAAUUUUUUUUUUUUGAUUUUAUCAUUGCUUAAAUAACGUUGAUUGAGAGAGAUGAAUUAUAUAUUUCUACGUUGAUUGAGAGAGAUUUUCCUGUUAAAUAUUUGAUAAGUUGUAACGUAUUUAGCAUGGAUGCAUUUAAGGGCUUUAGGCAAACAACAGUAACGGACGCAGAUAUGACCCUUGCAGGACUCAGCACCAGCAUCAUCAUGGAUGUUUCCUCUUAAAGACAAAAGUAGCGCUCCCUUUUACAUUGAAUGCUAAAAUUUCAACUGAUUUCAGUUGGUCGUUUCUAAAACUUGUUGAAACUUUCUCCGUUGAAAUUUCAUGCUUUGGCCAUCAAUGAACCAAAGUCGUCAGAUUCAUGAUAGCAUUAUGUCUUCAAAAAAUUUCAAAAUAAUGUAUAAAGUUCACAUAUACAUCAAUAAAUUCACAACCUUCAGAAAAUGUCUUCGAGUCGUUAUUUUACCUUUCAUGUAGAUAGAUUAAUAUUUGUAAAUUUGAUUUCCUGUUCAAUGUCACUUGAACUAUUCACUGGCUUUACUAAAAUAACAUUUGAUAAACCUGAAAUAUAAUCAUUUUCUAUUUUUAUUUCUAAAUACAAUCCACCUUGAGUGACAGUAACAUCUUAAAUUUCAAAGAUAUUUUUUACCAUUGGUAUACCAGGUGGUCAGCUAACACGUUUUAGUCAUGCAUCAUGAAGAGGUUAUUCUGACGUACCUAAUCAACUCUAAUGGAAUAUCAACCGUAAGAUACUGUCAUUCAGUUUUAUCAAAGUUUUGGAUUAGAAAACGAUUAUGUAAAUACAAUGCACAUGAUAUGAUAUAGCAGAGUAAUAUAGCUUAUUUCUUGCAGAGUAUUACUUUUCCUGAAAAAGCUGUAAUAAUCUUAAUAAUUAUCAAACUCCACAUCCGAUGUCAGACCUUUUUUGUAAUAGAUAUUCAUUAUUUCCACAUCAAUAUUUUAACACAAAUUGACUUUCCGUUAGUAAAGUGACCUCUGUAGAUUGAUAUUUAAACAUUGAUCAACUAUAAAGUGUAACCUCACCACUAUCAAGCAAUGGAAUUUUAAAUGGUUCAAAGUAUCAUUGAUGAUUCACUUUCAGCAAAUGAAAAGAGCCGGAACCAUGACAUAAAUGUUGUUUUUGAUUACGAACCUUCAUCAGUUUUGGCCAAAACCAUUCUACAAACAAGGUCGGUAGGUUGAGGGGUUUUGCACCACUCCUGGAGCGCUCGUGAUAUAAAAAAUCUCAUUUUCUUGAAUUGAGCAACAGAUCCAUUCAACAUGCUCAACAUAAGCAACAUUCUCUCAUUAUGAUUAAAGAGAACAACAUAUUCACUCAUCCUUACAAAACAUGAGUAAAACAUUCCCUCAAACUUGUUUUAUUAUUAAGCUAUCCUUUAUUAUCUUUGAGUAUAGGGCUACACCCAAUAGGUUGAAUAUAUGUAGAAAAUGAAUAUCAUAUUUGAAUAAUAAGAUCUUUAAACAAGGGAAACACUCAGCCUUUCCAAAAAACCAAGAUAAGUUGUAUCAAUGUACAAGAGACUUGAUGAGCAUCAACA